AACGCGCACAAUUUGUUGGGGGUUUCGUUACAUAAAUUCUGGAUUCAUAAUUACAUUUAACAAUGACAUAUUUUACUGAUUGACGAUGGUGUCGAGACGUCGAAACGUCACAAUCCACAUCGGAAGUGACUGCUUGGGGAAACAAGGACUAUAUUAUGAUACUUUUUUCAUCUGAAUUAAUUAUAAACUUCAGACAAGAUGAGAAGAGUGCAAGUAAUCACUUAUUGAAUUGACAACGUUUUCGAAUAAACAUCGCGUCUACAAAGCAGAGUUUUAAUAGUUUACAAGUGUGGCAUUUCCCUUUUCCGUGACUUCCUUCAUGGAAGUCCUUCCCAUUUUUUUAAUUCCUGAUUUUCUUUGUAGCCUCGUUUUUAUGUCUUUCUCCAUAUUGGUGCAUGCGCCUUAACUGUUCUCCCAUUUGCUUCGACUCUCUCGAGACAUCAGAAAGGUAGAGAAUUUUGGUUUAGUUAAUUUGAUAAUAUUCAUUUAUUGCGGCUUCGAUUUUCUUCUGAUUUUGCGAUAUUUGAUGUUUCUUUUAAGAUGAGUCAAUCAGUACAAGUUUUUGGACGAAAGGUUAGUAGAAAUGUAGAGAAUUUUUGCGAAAAAUUUAGGUUUGUUGGUAACACGUGUAUACAAAUAUGGCGGCUGUGAAUUUGAUGCACAGUAGUUGCCUUUUUAGAUUUCGUUAACAUCUGAAGUUAAGGACGUUAAUCGAAAGUCACGGAUAUUCGUGUCAGUUACCGUGUGCAGUUAUGAUAGUGGGUGUAAAUAUUUGUUAUGAGACUUCUAUUCGAAGUUUAAUUUCUGAAAUUCGAAACAACAUCUGGCUAAUUUUUAGCACGUCUUUGGUUUUCUUUAGUAGAAAAAUAGACUCAGUUCUAACUUCCUACAUUAUUCUGUCACUUAAUUUCGACAUUAAAUAACUCCCUUUUGUUUCUAAACUCUUUUGACAUCCAUCAAGUUGAAAAAUCUUGAAAUUUCUUGGUUAACUAAAAAUUUUGAAAAAUUAAAUGUCGUCGAUACAAGUUUUAGUUCUAUUUGUAAAUUCAACUUAAAUACUGCCAGGCAAUUUGCUGGAGGAUGCAUUUACUUGGCUAUGAAUUAUCUGUGGUUUGUGAAUGAAUAUUUUCAACGUGCAAGGAGGAAUUAUUGCCCUAAACCUGGCUGUGUCUACGCGAUUUUUCAAAUAAAGCUGUGGUAUUCUGUAUGUGUUGAUUAUAUUUUAUGCAGAUAUAAAAAUGUAUGGUUACCGGUAGUGUGAUACAAUCUAGUAUGGAACUCACUAGAACAAUCACUAGAUUUGGCUCUCGCUGUACCCCUUGUUGACUCAAAAUUUGUUGUUAAAUCUCUGCCAAAGUUUUGCAUUGUGGGAAGGUGGUAGUUGAAAGAGGGUUGUACAUAUAUUGCUUUAGUUCAUUUUUUCUCGUGAUCUCUGAAAAUCAUUUGUUAAGACAGUUUGUGAAGUGACACAUUAACUAACCACCUUAAUUCUUAUGUUCAGAAAACAGCCACUGCUGUUGCCUUCUGCAAGCGUGGAAAUGGCUUGAUCAAGAUAAAUGGAUGUCCACUGCACUUAGUUGAACCUUCGACUCUUCGCAUGAAGGUCUGUACAUGUUUAAGACAUACCUAUUCUAGAGUUAUUUCAAGGUUUUCACAUAAAUAUGCAUCAAUAGUCCUGAUAGUGCCAGCUCUUGUAUGUGACAUGAACGAAAUAGCUGACUUGUGUAAUAAAAAUAUACCAAAAUUUUUUUCCUUAAGGUAGGAUAGUUGUUAGCAUUUUGAUUUGUGAUGCCCUCAGAAAGCACCAAGUAUCAUCACAUCCAAGCAGUUCAUUAAAACAGUUGUCAUAGUUACUCAAGUCAACCACAUAGUACAUAAAGAUAGUGGGCUGGUUAUUUACAAAUAUUCUAACACAAACCACAGUUUUAUGCAAUCAGUGGGCCUCAGGCUUUCUCUGAGGAAGCAAAGUUUAUCACAGACACCAUCCUGUGUUGUCAGAUUACACACAAGACUGGCAACUAUUAAGUGAAUAAGUCCCAGGCAUCUCGACAGCAUUUUGUUCAAUGGUAUUUCAAAAUUUGUACACCUUUUCUUCAUCAAUAAUAGGAAAAUGAAGUGAAAUUAUUAGGUUGAAGCUGAGAGACUAGCAUGAAGCCAUAGCCAGCUACAGGCUAUAUUUGAUAGCUACUGAUGAAUGCUUGUUUAUUUUACCAAAUGUUUGGUGUUAACCUUGAGAACUUAACAGAACUCGGCCAGCAGGAGAUAGAAGUGGGUAGCUCUUUAACUCCCAUGAGUGAUCAAGACAUAAUUUCACCUUACAACAUCAAUACACUAUCACACAAACAAGUAAUGAGAAUAACAAAAAAUAUCAAUUAGGGGAUCAUUAGUUGAUCCAAUACCAAAUUCUCUAAAACUUACAUCAUAGGAAUUGUAUGGCAGACAGUAGGGAGAAUUACUAAUGAGAUCUUGGGAGUGAAAGGGUUAAUUUGUUUCUGUACUUCAGGUUCAGGAGCCAAUCCUUCUUCUUGGCAAGGAGAGGUUUGAAGGUGUUGACAUCCGUGUCAGAGUGAAAGGUGGUGGACAUGUAUCCAGGAUCUAUGGUAAGUCCUUCUUAACACUUUAACUCCCAUUAGUGACCAAGACAGAAUUUCUCCUUACAAUAUCAAUACCAUAUUAACCAGAUGAGUGAUGAGAAUAAAGAAAAAUAUCAAUUUUGAAAUAAUUAGUUGAUCCAACACUGAAUUCUCUGAACUAACAUCCUAACAAUUGUAUGGUUGACACUAAGGUGAAUUACAAAUAUGAUCUGGGAGUUAAAGGGUUGAAGCACAAACUUUACACACAAGUUUAAGAAGUUUUUGUUGGGUUAAAAUUUCCAUACUGAUUGUGUUCUUAUUAACCUUUGUCUUUGAUUAUGAUGUGAAAAAAAUGAAUAUAAACAUCAAACUUGUUUUUAACAAUCUUAAACCAAAACUGGUACAAAAGCCACAAUAUUUUUUUAUUAUACACAAGGCUUGAUUUGAAUUUCAUUCUAUGUAAAUUUAUGAUGUCAAGACGUACACACAGGGUGUACAAACUCCAGGUGUAGAUUUUUUGGACACUUCUCAUUAUACAUGUAUUUGUGAAGUUCUGGUAUGAUCUGGCGUUAACAUUAAGCAGUGUCAGCGGUUUACUGAUUGGCAAUUGUUGUUGUAUAGUGUAUUUUUGGGAGGGAUUUUACCAGUACAUCUUUUUGUUGCUGUGUAUUAAGUGCCCAUGGUUGAAAGUUGUAACAGGCAUUUUUUUUCUUUUCACAGCUAUCCGUCAAGCCAUUUCCAAGGCCUUGGUAGCUUAUUACCAAAAAUGUGAGUAUAGUAGUACUUUGUUCAAAAGCUAGACUUGUUAUUAAAACUGUGAUGUAAAACUUUACCCCUGCAGCUUUUUUAUUUUUCUAUGGCGAUAUUUGCUUUAACUUAUACUAGACACUGACAAAAUGGGAAAUUUUAGGCUAGUGAUCAUGAUCAAACAUUUUCUAGUGACUAAAUAUAUAUUUUCAAAUAUAUCUUGUUUGGUUUUGUUUUGUCAUGUUUCAUCAUGUUGGAUUGAGUGCAGAUGUCAGCCAAAGUAACAGUGUAAAAGUGUUCAAAGUAAUCCAGGUUGCUUUGUUUUUCGUUUUUUUUUUGUAAUGAGAUUGGUCCCUAAAUUCGCACCAUCCUCUCAACAAAUCAGAUUCAAAAAAUGCAACCAAUUGUAACUUGGUCAUGGUGUUUUGCUUCAUUUAAAGCAGCUUGGUUGUUUUUACUUUGCAUUUCCAUGGGAACCCUGUGACGUUUUCCUUUCUUCUGAUUGGCUGUUGUGAAAUUGAUUCUAAAACAGUCAGUUGACUUGUACGCUCUCAUGUACUUUGUUGUUCAAAUUUCGUGGGUCCUAGACUCAUCAAUGCUGCUCACUUUUUGGGAACUUAUUUGGAAAUGUUUUCUUUCUUUGUCAGAUGUGGAUGAGGUGUCCAAGAAGGAGAUCCGUGACAUCCUCGUUCAGUACGACCGUUCCCUGUUAGUGGCUGACCCACGCCGUGCAGAGGCCAAGAAAUUCGGUGGACCGGGAGCCCGCUCACGCUACCAAAAGUCUUACCGUUAA